ACCACUCUUUGUAAUUACGACGUCUGCGCCUUGAAUUGAUCAAAGCUGAAACAACCCGGCCCGGCCGUGAGUGCUGCGGUGACGCAGGAAAUGGCGGCCUCGGCCCCGCCCGCGCGGGGCGGGCUCGGCGGCCCCGUGGCGGGGCAGGGAGUGGGGCGGAGCCGUGUCAUGGCCGCCGGGCGGCUCCCGCCGGCCGCGCUCACCCUCAAACAGGUACGGGGCACGGGGGUCGGGCAAGCUGCGUCCUGUACAAACGAUGGGGAACUCGGUGGUUGUUUAAAUACCCCUCAAAGCAAAGCGCCGAGGGCGCAGCUCGCAGCAGUGCCCUGGGGCGGCGGGCAGACUUCCCUCUCUCCUUGGCAGUUCCUGAGGCGGCAGCAGGUCCUUCAGUUGUACCGCAAGAUCCUGCGGGCUAUCCGGGAGGUCCCUGCUGAGCAGGAUCGCCGCUACUUAAAGGACUGGGCCAGGGAGGAAUUCAAGAGAAAUAAGGAUGCUACAGAAGAGGAUGCAAUCAGGAUGAUGAUUACUCAAGGCAACAUGCAACUUCAGGAACUUCAGAGAACACUUAAGCUGGCAAAAUCCUGAUCUUCAUUUUGUUGACAGUUUAAUUUUUAUUUAUUGCAAAAUAGGCACAGUGUUUUUUCCAGAAUGUGGUUACAAUGGCAGCCUUUGCUGGCAACCUGGUAAUGUUUGAAGGAGGAAUCUAUCACAGUGGGGGUUUUGGUUUUCCCCCUUACCCAAUCCAUUUCUCAGUUUUGCUACCCUGGACAUUAUAGAACUGCAUGGAUGAUGUAAUGUGCUGCAGGAAAAGCAGAAAGCACCAAAAUUACAGUUAAACAGCAUUAACUGCCAGUGCAAUGGAAAAUAAAUAAAUGCCAGAUUAUUUUGUCUGCUUUUUUACUGUGGAAGGUGUAAUUGGUAAUAUUCACAGUGACAGCUGGUCAUGUACUGUACCUAGGAUUUUCACCAAAAUUUAUGAUGAAAAAAAGAAUUUGGGAUAUAUUGGCCCAGAACAAACAAAUAUUAAAAAACGUUUUGUGUGUAGAUGUUGAUUUUCAGUAGCUGAAUAAAACUUAAAAAGGAGAGGUCUUUAUUUAUGAAAAUGGGAGGUUUUAGCCUCAGAGAUGUUUAUUACCAGAUACCUUUAAACUAGUAUUUAAAAGUCAAUAUAUAAAUAAAAAUUACAGGUAGAAAAUACUAACUGCAAAA